AUGAUAUCUAAUAAGUUGUUUGGAGAUGUGGUUGGGAGCUGUUUUAAAAACGGGACUUUUCCUGAAAGAAUAGUUGUUGCUUUGUCAGGGGGAGUUGAUUCAUUGUGUCUCACAUAUUUAUUGGGACAAUUCAAAAGAACAUACAAACCAAACUUGCAGAUCACAGCCAUCACCAUUGACCACAAGUACCGGUCAGGUUCAAGACAAGAGGCAGAGAAUGUUGGUUUAGUAGUGCGACCAUGGGGAGUGGAUCACAUAGUCAAGACAUUGGAGUAUGAAGACCGAGAUAUUGCAGAGAUAACGAACUUCGAAGAGGUAGCACGGGAGAAAAGAUACGACGUAUUUGAGCAAAUUUGCCGAGAAUUGAAUGUUAAGAGUUUGUUUGUAGCUCAUAACUUGAACGACCAGAUUGAGACGUUCUUGCAGAGGUUGCAGCAGAAUUCGUCGCUAUUUGGUUUGGUAGGGUUGCGGGCAGUCGACUAUCUUCCAAGAGUUCCCAGAACUCCAACUGUAAACAAUGAUUCAAUACAUAUUGUACGACCCUUACUCUCUUUUGAUAAGUCAGAGAUUAUUAAGACAUGUACAGAGAAUAAUAUUGAGUGGUUUGAAGACCACACCAAUAGCGACAUCCGGCUCACUAAGCGAAAUCUUUUGCGGCAUCUUGUUUCCAAUGUUAUACCCUCUAAGCUAAGCAACAAAGAUAUUCUGUUAGAGGAGCGUAACGCGUUACUCCUUGUAAGCAAAGAAUCAUUGGUGGAAACGCAUAACGAAGUUCGUUCGGUGGUCCACGAUAUGCAACGCCAGAUUGCAUAUCUAGAGGGUUACUUAAAAGAACAUGACCUCUUUAAGUUUGACAAGAGGAAUCUUCUGUUGGAUAUAUGCCUUCCAUUUGACGUUUUAGAUACAUACAAUCCUAUGGUGCUAAGUCGAUUCUUUUACCAGAAUAUGUAUCCCAUUUCAUCAGUAAAACAUUAUCAUUGGUCAUAUGCGAAACUAGAAAGGCAUGCGAUACCAAAGAUUCUAAAAUUUUAUAAUACGAAGAAAAUUAAUACAGCAGACACGAUGAAAUUGACUUAUCUAAAUGUCUUGCUUAGUAUCACUUUAGACACUGCCAACAAGCAAAUGCAAAUAUUGCUAACAAGACAGCCAUUGAUACAUAAUGACUUCUCACAGGUUUGCUUCAAUUGCACACUUACCAGUCAGUGGUCCGAUUGGCUUAAUUUUGAUAGACGAUACUGGAUCAAGAUGAAGCUGCAAACCUCAAACAUCAACGUUUCUAUCCAACCCUACAGACAUAAUGACGUUGCAUUCAGAAAGCAACUUCUUUCAGCAUUCAAAGGUUCAGAUAGUAAGCCAUUCCUAACGCACUUACACGAGGGAAUCCCUCUUAUUACUGCAUACCAUAACUCUAAACCUUUUUUUGCCUUGCCUACUUACAAUAUCUACUCCCAGGCGGAUGUAAUAGACUUAGAAUGGCUUCCAAAGACCAACUUGUAUAGUUUAUAG